AGACCGAUGGCUGACUACAUUGGUACUAAAAAGCGGUUAUCAGACAAGUUACUGCGCAGAUGCACGGGCUAAUACGCAUGCGCCCGAAUCCCUGCCCGAGUUCUAUCGUCAACGUCGGAGAUGGUACCCUUCGACACUGUGUAACAACAUCUUCUUACUAAAAAAUUCGAGGCAAUUGCUGUCGCAAAAAAGUAACAUGUGGUGGUUUCUCCUGUAUCAGUUGUUGCUAUUGAUCACCGGAUUCCUGACUCCAGGAAUAGUCAUUGCUCUCAUCGUUGAGGGAAUGGUGGUCGUUCAGGAAAUGUUUCGUGCGGCGAAAGCAUUAACAGCGUUCUACGUCAUUCUGAGUUUCGUGGCCAUGCUGGGAGCGGUAGGAACCCUGUGCUAUGCGUCGGCUGUGACGCCAUCUGCAUUUCUCCUUUGGGGAUACUCGCUCGUCCAUUAUCGCCAUCCUACUCCAUCCAGAGGAUUGGAACAGAGAGACAGCUCUGCUCAUGGUCAUCUAUGUCAUCGGAGCGCCGUCCUACUUUGUCGUCUGCCUCACCUACGCUCUCUGCAAGAUGGACGACAUCUCCUGGGGAACACGAAGAGCCUGGUGACCGAACAACCGAAGGUGCCCGUUAGGAAAACGCCACUACCAGCCGAUAGGAAGUGA